CAAAAAAGACGCAGGAGAUGUGACCUGCCCAAACACCUUGUUGCUGCUAACGGCCGAGUAGUGUUACUGAGGGCACAAGGCAAGACUGAUGAGGCUGUCUUACUGCUGUAUGAUAUCAUCAGUAAAGCACCAAAAGCUGCCGCACCUUAUCAAGCUCUUGGCAAUAUUAGUGAGGACCAGGGCAACUUGCAAGAGGCUCUCAAGUUUUACAUGGUUGCUGCCAAUCUACGUGGCUCGCAUGCCACUGAGUGGAUGGAACUGGCAGAAAUGUGCAUCAGAAUGAAAGAAGAAAAACUUGCCUUUGAUUGCUUUUCUAAAGCUUUGAGGACGGCUCAAACCAGCCAGGGCAAAGUGGAAGUACUCUCCAAGAAGUGUGAAUAUUUUGAGCAGUUGCAGUUGCCUGCAAAAGCCUUACAGUGUAAGGAACAGAUGUUGCCGUAUAUGGACAAGAGCAGUCCGGCAAGCAUUCUGUCUUUUGCCAGGAAUAUUUAUAAUGAUUACAUGGAGUGUCAAGAUGAGAAUGGAGCCAUAUCAGUUCUUCAAUACAUACACAACGAGCUACCAAACAGCAUUGAUUCUGAAGAUGUACAUAAUUUAGCAGAGUUACUCAUGUCUCAGAAAAACUAUGUCAAAAGUAUAGAG